GAACAGCGGAGAGCCGCAUCCGAACAUCCUUGUUUCGAGUUGUGUCCAGUGCCUUAGAUCGCAACAACUCUGAUCAAAUGCCUUACGCUAAAAUCGUUCCAGUCUUAACCAGGGCAGGUUCAGCCAAUUUCAGAAGAUGCGCUGUAUUCUCCAUUCGCAGACCCAGGUCUACGGUCGCAUCCACGCAGAGAGACCCAGCUGCGGAGGAGCAGCCUAUAGAGUCGACAUGCACGGUGGUAAAGACAGCCGACCAAGGGGACCUCAUCAGCCAAAGCAGCAAAGGCACGGCCACCCAGAGCGCCAAAAUCUCAAUAGACUUCGAAAAUACGCAAGAAGCCUACAAGAGCAAAGACACACUCGAGCUGCUCAGAAGUUUGUUGGUUUUCAAACUUUGCACGUAUGACUUCCUGGUUGACAAGAACAAGGAGCUUAUGGACCUGAGUAAGAAGCUGUUGGGUCAGAGGUUUUUCGAGCGCCUGAUGAAGAUGACCUUCUACGGGCAGUUUGUGGCUGGGGAGGACCAUGAGGCCAUCAAGCCCCUGAUCCAGAAGAACCGGGCCUUUGGGGUGGGCUCGGUUCUGGACUACAGCGUGGAAGAGGACCUGACUCAGGAGGAGGCAGAGAAGAAGGAGAUGGACUCCUGUGUGUCUGAAGCAGAGAAGGAAAGCCCUGGCUUGGACCACCGUGAGAAGAAGUACAAAGCACACCGGCAGUUUGGUGACCGGCGUGGGGGUGUGAUUAGUGCACGGACCUAUUUCUAUGCUGACGAGGCGAAGUGUGAUCACCACAUGGAGACCUUCCUCAACUGCAUCCAAGCUUCAGGGGGAAGUUCUGAGGACGGCUUCUCUGCCAUUAAGAUGACAGCUCUGGGACGGCCUCAGUUCCUGCUCCAGUUCUCUGAGGUUCUGGUGAAGUGGAGGCGUUUCUUCAGCUUCCUGGCGGCUCAGCAGGGGAAAGCGGGGAUGGAGGCGCUGGAGCAGAAGCUGGAGCUAGAGCAGCUGCAGGAGAGUCUGACUAAACUGGGUGUGGGUGACAGAGAUGACAUUGAGAACUGGUUUACUGGAGAGAAGCUGGGAUCGUCAGGAACUAUAGACCUGCUGGACUGGAACAGCCUGAUAAACGAUCGGACAAAGAUCUCCAACCUGCUGGUUGUUCCAAGUCUUGAGACAGGCCAGCUGGAACCACUGCUCAGCAAGUUCACUGAGGAAGAGGAGCGACAGAUGAAGAGGAUGCUGCAGAGGAUGGACAUCCUGGCAAAGCAUGCAAUGAAGCAUGGUGUCCGGCUUAUGGUGGAUGCAGAACAGACGUACUUCCAGCCAGCCAUCAGCCGCCUGACCCUGGAGAUGCAGAGAAUCUUCAACACAGACAAGCCCAUCAUUUUCAACACCUACCAGUGCUACCUAAAGGAGGCCUAUGACAAUGUCUCUGUGGAUGUGGAGCUGUCACGGCGUGAGGGCUGGCUUUUUGGCGCCAAGCUGGUGCGAGGCGCAUACAUGUACCAGGAGAGGAGCAGGGCUGCAGAGAUUGGCUAUGAAGACCCCAUCAACCCCGACUAUGAGUCCACCAACAGGAUGUACCACAAGUGUCUGGAUUAUGUGUUGGAGGAGAUUGGACACAAUAGAAAAGCUAAUGUUAUGGUGGCGUCACAUAACGAGGACACUGUGAAAUUCACCCUGCAAAGGAUGAAUGAGAUGGGUUUGUCCCCCACAGAGAACAAGGUUUAUUUUGGCCAGCUACUGGGCAUGUGCGAUCAGAUCAGCUUCCCUCUGGGCCAGGCCGGAUUCCCAGUGUAUAAAUAUGUCCCCUAUGGGCCUGUUAAUGAGGUCAUCCCGUACCUGUCGCGCCGCGCCCAGGAGAACCGCGGCUUCAUGAAGGGCUCACAGAGAGAGCGGCUCCUACUGUGGAAGGAGCUGAAACGCAGGCUGCUGAAUGGAGAGAUUCUCUAUAGGCCUGCCUACUGAGGGAAGGGUCAUGUCUCUCUCUUAGUCUCUCUCUGUCUCUCCGUCUCUUAACAUUCCUUUGUGUGUUAGCACUGUCCAUGGCUGCAUGUGUUCAUCAGAGACCUCCUUAUUUCUCUGAUAAAGAGGUCCUGAAACUGUCAGGUCAUCUAGUACUGCACUUCUGUUUUUAAAUUAUUCUGUUAAGCACCAUCUUCAA